UCUAUCCUACUCCUAAUCUAACGACACAUUUAACUGACAUAUUCUCCUUGAUUUUCUGUAUGUAUAGUUGCCACCAACGGCUCCUCUUUUCUUGUUUAUGUGUCUCAUUCGAUUCUACUGCUUCUCACAUAGUGGUGGUGUUUCUUCAGCUUCUCUUUUCUUCAUAAGGCAAUUGAUUUUUCCUCAUGAUGCCGAGUGUUAAGUCUGAUGCAUCUGACAAAGACUCAGAACCAUUUGUUGAAGUUGAUCCAACAAGAAGAUAUGGCAGAUACAGUGAACUAUUAGGAUCUGGUGCUGUGAAAAAGGUGUAUAGGGCAUUUGAUCAAGAAGAGGGAAUAGAGGUGGCUUGGAACCAAGUGAAGCUGAGGAACUUCAGUGAUGACCCUGCCAUGCUGGAUAGGCUUUACUCUGAAGUGAGGUUGCUAAGAAGCUUGACCAACAAAAACAUCAUUUCCCUCUACAGUGUUUGGAGGGAUGAGAAGCACAACACCUUGAACUUCAUCACUGAGGUCUGCACCAGUGGGAAUCUGAGGAAGUACAGGAAGAAGCACAGACAUGUGUCCAUGAGGGCCUUGAAAAAGUGGUCCAAGCAGAUAUUGGAAGGAUUGAAUUACUUGCAUUUGCAUGACCCUUGUAUCAUCCACAGAGACCUCAACUGCAGCAAUGUGUUUGUGAAUGGGAAUACUGGCCAGGUUAAGAUUGGCGACUUGGGUUUGGCAGCAAUAGUGGGGAAGAGCCACUCUGCACAUUCAAUUCUUGGGACACCAGAAUUCAUGGCGCCUGAGUUAUAUGAUGAGGACUACACUGAAAUGGUUGACAUAUACUCAUUUGGAAUGUGUGUCUUAGAGAUGGUGACACUAGAGAUUCCAUAUAGCGAGUGUGACAGUGUUGCCAAGAUAUACAAGAAAGUGUCAUCAGGUGUGAGACCACAGGCCUUGAACAAGAUCAAAGAUGCUGAGGUGAAGGCUUUCAUUGAGAGGUGCCUUGCUCAACCAAGGGCUAGACCUUCUGCUGCUGAGUUGCUCAAGGACCCCUUCUUUGAUGUGCUUGAUGGUGACGAAAAUGACGAUUUUAAUGCUCCAUGACUAAAAUUAUCUUAUCUUUAGUUUAUAAGAUAAUAAUGCCACUAUAUUGAUAUAUUGAUGUGUUUUUUAUAAAUGAUUUAUCCCUUUUUUGAGUUGAUAAGUCAAUUGGGGUAGGCUUGAUAAUGACUAUGGUAUUAGGUUUAUUUUUAUCUUUGUUUAGGGUGUGUAAUUGGAUAAGGGUUGAGCAUGGGGUGAAGAAUGAAGAUAUAACAGGGUAAGUGUUUGUUUUGAGAUGUUUUUCAUUCUUCCCCUUUGUGGGGCUGUGAAAUUGGACAAGUGUUGAAGGGUGUUCUUGAUUGGCGAUAUUGUCAUAUUGUACAUUAAAAAUUCUACCAAAGUUUAAUAUUUUUCAGUAAAUGUUAUAAGUGGUCCAGCUUAGUAUCUGUGAUGACAACAACUAAGAAAACGAGUGGCAAAUAAAUUCAGUUUUAGGCUUUUCUAUGUACUA